AUGAAGGUAAAGAUGCGCUUCGUUGCCGUGGUGCUGUGCGUUUUGUGUCUACUCUCAGAAUCAAUUGUUAGAUCAGCAUCUUCUUCUCCCAAGAACCAAUUUCUCGGAAUUUCCCCCGAAGAUGAGAAAUACUACAAAUCAUCGGAGGUGAUAAAAUGCAAAGAUGGAUCCAAGAAAUUCAGCAGAGCUCAGCUCAACGAUGACUUCUGCGAUUGCCCUGAUGGCACUGACGAGCCGGGUACAUCUGCAUGCCCAGGUGGAAAAUUCUAUUGUCGGAAUGUGGGACACACACCUCUCCUGGUAUUUUCAUCUAGAGUGAAUGAUGGAAUUUGUGACUGCUGUGAUGGGAGUGAUGAGUAUGAUGGUAAAGUAAAGUGCCCAAAUACAUGUUGGGAGGCUGGGAAAGUGGCCAGAGAUAAGCUGAAAAAGAAGAUUGCUACUUACCAUGAGGGGGUUGCUGUACGGAAGCAGGAAGUUGAACAAGCCAGAAUAGCUAUGGCCAAAGACGAGGCAGAGCUAUCAAAGUUGCAAAAUGAAGAAAAAAUACUGAAAAGGCUUGUUGAACAGCUGAAAGAGCGUAAAGAACAAAUAGAGAAGGCGGAAGAGAAGGAACGGUUACAGAAGGAAAAAGAAGAGCAGGAGAGAAAAGAAGCCGAAGAGAAAGCUAACCCGGAGAAAACCAAAGUUGAAGAGGAAGUUAAGCACGACAGAAGUGAGGUUGUGGAGAACUCUGACGGUGAACAUAAACCUAUAGAAAGUACAUAUGAAGAUAAAAUUGGGAUUUUGGAGGAUUCUCAUUCAUAUCAGGAUACAGCAGAGAACCAUGAUGACUUAGCUGCCAAAGAUGAUCAUAUUGAUACUCCUGAACAUAAAAGAUCUUUGGUUGAGGGUGUAGAACAGCAUGCAGUAAAGCAGAAGGAAGAGUCUGUUGCUAUAUCUGAAACUGACUCUGAUUCUGGGAGCAAGGUGCCUCCUGAUGAGGGCAAGGAUGCAUCAGAAAAGACUGAGUCAUUGUCAAGGGAAGAGUUAGGCCGCCUAGUUGCUUCUCGUUGGACUGGGGAAGAUGCCUCAAAGGAAGGAGGGGACGUUGUUAAUGCAAAAGAUAAUGAUCAUGAAGAUCAUGAAGAGGCGCCGAAGGACACCCAUGAGGGGGAGUAUGAUGGCUAUGCUUCAGAAACUGAUGAUGACAACCAACGAUAUGAUGAUGAAGAUGUAGAUGUAGAGGCAGAUGAUGAUUUUGGAGAGGUGGAUCAUGGCGAUUCUGAUUCUUCAUACAAAUAUGAGUCAGACACUGAUUCAGACUUGUCAGAUGUAACAACAUCAACAUCUUGGUUGGAGAAGAUACAAAAAACUGUGCUGAACCUCCUACAGGCUGUUAAUGUAUUUCAGACUCCAGUGAACCGAUCAGAAGCUGCUAGUGUACGGAAGGAGUAUGAUGAAUCCAGUGCCAAGUUGUCUAAGAUACAUUCAAGAAUAUCAAGUUUGACACAAAAGCUAAAACAUGAUUUUGGGCCAAAUAAGGAGUUCUAUUCAUUCUAUGAUCGUUGUUUUGAAAGCAAGCAGAAUAAGUAUGUUUACAAAGUAUGCCCAUAUAAACAAGCUUCCCAGGUGGAGGGCCACUCCACAACUCGUUUAGGGAGCUGGGAAAAAUUUGAGGACUCAUAUAAAGUCAUGGUCUUUGCAAAUGGUGAUAAGUGCUGGAAUGGGCCCGAUAGAAGUUUGAAGGUCAGACUUAAGUGUGGAUUGAAAAAUGAGGUUGCUGAUGUUGAUGAACCAAGCCGUUGCGAGUAUGUAGCAUUGUUAUCUACUCCAGCCCUUUGCUUGGAGGAAAAACUUAAGGAACUGCAACACAAAUUAGAGUUGUUGAACAAAGAACAACCGCAAGGCCACGAUGAACUUUAA